AUGUCGAUAAAUGUGCAAUGGAAAAUGAGGAAAAAGUGUUUUACAUUUUUUUCAAUUUUCAGUAUUAUUUGCUUCUUUAAUGAAUUUAAAAUCACAUGCGGGAUUUACAAUGAUGCCGAUGAUCUCGUUAAUGAGCUCGAUAGACCGAUUCCAAUAACAUCUGUAGCGGGUGUGUUAGGAAAACAAGCGAUGCUUCCAUGUGAUAUAACACCUUUAGAGCGCGAUGAUGCCGUCUAUAUGGUGCUGUGGUUUAAAGAAGGCGACGGUGAGCCGUUGUACAGCUUCGAUGUAAGAGGCAGGCAAUUCGGACAGGCAAAGUUAUGGUCAUCGCCAGCAGCCUUUGGCGAGCGAGCAUUUUUUCGUACCGCAUCACAUCCUGCACAACUUUUAGUUGAUGAUAUUAAGCUUAGUGAUGAGGGAAUGUACAGAUGUCGUGUAGAUUUUCGCAAUUCGCCAACAAGAAAUUUAAAAAUAAAUUUUACUGUUAUAGUUCCACCUCAAAAACCUGUGAUAUAUGAUGCAAGAAGGAGAGAUCGAACGAAAUUAAUAGAACCGUACAAUGAAGGAAGUGAUGUGACACUAAUAUGCGAAGUCUCAGGAGGUCGUCCUCGUCCCAAUGUGACGUGGUAUUUAGAGAACACAGUAAUCGAUGAAUCGUUUGAGAUACGUAAGGAUGGCAUCACUGUAAAUCAUUUAUCAUAUCCAAAUAUAGGACGUCAGCAUUUGAAUUCACGACUAGUGUGUGUGGCAAGCAAUACGAAUUUGACGCCACCCAACAACAAAGCUGUAAUUUUAGAUGUAAAUUUGAAGCCAAUAGCAGUGCAUAUUACAACGAGGGAGAAAUUUCUCUCAGCCGAGAAGCGCUACGAUGUUGAAUGCAAAAGUUCCGGUUCACGCCCUGAGGCUGUGCUGACUUGGUGGAAGGGAUCGAGACAAAUUAAAAGAAUGGCUAAAAAUUUUUCCGAGACCGGCAAUCAAACACUCAGUGUUCUAACAUUCAUCCCUGUUGUCGAUGAUGAUGGAAAAUACUUGACGUGUCGCGCUGAAAAUCCAUACAUUCCUGACAGUGCAAUAGAAGACAAAUGGAGGCUUGUUGUACACUACAUGCCGAUUGUUACGCUCAAAAUGGGAUCAUCACUGAAUCCAGAUGACAUAAAAGAGGGCGAUGAUGUCUAUUUCGAGUGCCUCAUACAGUCUAAUCCCAAAUUCUAUAAAUUAUCGUGGUUCCAUGAUGGAGUUGAGCUACAUCACAAUGUCACAGCAGGAAUAAUUUUAUCAGAUCAGUCGCUGGUCUUGCAAAGUGUAACAAAGAGCCUCGCUGGUGAUUAUACAUGUUUGGCUGCAAAUACAGAAGGUCGUGGAACAAGCAAUCCUGUAACAUUAAGAGUUCGAUUUUCCCCAGUUUGUGCCAAUGACAGAGAAGAAUUACUUGGUGCUUUAAAACAUGAGACAUUGCAAUUGAAAUGUGAAGUUGAAGCAUCGCCACCGGCUGAAUCAUUUCAUUGGACAUUCAAUUCAUCAGGUGAACAAACAGAACUGACCUCACAAUUGCAAACAACAGAAUCGGGCUGGUCCCGAUUAAAUUACACUCCAACAUCAGAUCUUGACUAUGGAACCAUAUCAUGCUGGGCUAGAAAUGUUAUAGGACAACAAAAGACACCAUGCGUGUUUCAAAUAGUUGCAGCAGGACGUCCGUUUGCAUUGCAAAAUUGUACAGUGUCAAAUCAAUCGAUAGACUCAAUUCACGUUGAGUGCAUUGAAUCCUUUGAUGGUGGAUUACCACAAAUGUUUUUAUUGGAAAUGGUCGAAAUACCAACAUUGAAAUUAGUCCGAAAUUUGACACUUUUUAGACCACCAGUGUCCUUUGUGCUGGACAAUCUCGAGGCAACUACAUCAUAUCGAUUGAUUCUGUUUGCGGUGAAUGCAAAAGGUCGUUCAGAGCCUGUGAUAAUUGACGACAUCAGCUUUAAAGGAGUAGCCAAAUUUACGGGCGUAUCAAAUGUGAUGAAUGUUCCAGUUUCACCUGUUCUUGCAGCACUCGUUCUCACUGCGGCAAUUUUAUUUGCUGUCGUUUGCAUCGUUUUGGCAACAAUUUAUCGAAAGCACUCGCACAAAAACAACGUAGAAAAAUUAAAAAAUGGAAAAACAGCCGACAUAUCAGCUAAAUCAAUGAUGGACUGUCAAUUGCAAUCAAUGUCACAGACGGCACGAGAGAAUGGUGGAUUAUCAACGCCGCUUGUUGAUGGCAGUUUAAUGCGUCAAAGUCCGCAAUUGAUAUUGGGAGAAGCACCUGAUGGUGACGAUACUGAUCCUGAUGUGAUACCUAAUCAAUAUGAACGACGUCCAUUGAAAACGUCACUUCCCAUUCCACUCUUCCGUAGUCCAUCAUCACGUUUAAUGCCAAAGGACAUAAUGGAGGAUGAUCGAGGAUGUUCAGUUGAUGGAUUAAAUAUAGCAACAUCGUCAUUCGAGGGAGUAGUAUCGCAGCCGUCACAUAAUGAAGUCCUUCAUUAUUCAUUUAUGCCCAACAAACAAAUUAGCUAUGCCACAUUAGGCCGUAACAAUAAGAAUAGUGUAACUACAACGUGUACAGCAUCACCAUCAGUCUUCACUUCAUCAACAUUAGGUAGUCCAAUAAAUCAGCAACAGCAACCAUCUGUAAAUAUUUCAACACAUCCGAUGAGUGUAGGCCUAAUCAGUCCCAAUCAAUCAAUUGUCACAUCAACACUCAAUGAAUUUCGAUUUCGACCCGAAUUACUGGCGAAUUCAAAUCGACUACAGGAGAGCUGUAUAUAA